AUGUACAAAUCUCAAGAAAAUGUUUCCAAUUUUGGCACUUCACUUAAUAAAACGUCACUACGAGAGCGUCUGCGUGCUCGGCAUGAUAAUGCACUUAAGAACUUUAGGGAGUCCAUGAAAUCUCUUCAUGAGGGUGUUGAUUGUGCUCAAAAGAAAGUUGCCCUGCGACUUAAGCAGGAAUUAGAUAGUAGCCAUGCGGCGACAGCUGCUAUUCUCGCCGCUGAGCAGCACACAGUGCAGGAGCACGGGGAAUUACUUAAUGAACACGCCAGACGGUGGGAAAACGUCUCAGACGGUAGUGUACUUUCUCCGUUCGAAGAUAGCUUCUUUAGCGCGGGAGACACCAAUUUUGAUGCUGGCAUGGAGCGUAUGAGAGCAGAGCGAUACCGUUUGCUAGGGCAAGCGGUGAAUCUACAGAAUGAAUUUAGCGCCCGAACAGUUUUGAUACAAGGUUGCAUUAAGGAGAUGGUGGAGCAUGAAACCCAUAGAAAGGAUGCCGUCCAAUCUGCCCUUCGCGAGCUGAUGCUUUCCUUAGCGAAGAUUAGUUACUGCAACGUGACCGCCUCCCAUGUGCUGGCUCAGCGUGAAAUGCACUGCAUUAAUCAGACCAUCGCAGCUAACUACGAAGGCAUCCAAACACUUUUUGCCCAGCUUAGCUGUCGUGAGUUGCUUAAACAGGAACAAUACACCACCACAAUGGCUGGGAUCUACCAACAGGUGUUGAAUUGUAUGGCCAAAAGUAGCGCGUAUUGGCUGCGCACCUUGCUUCAAUCGGAGUAUUUUCGCCGACCAGUAGAGCGCGUCGAAUGUGUACAAAGGGUUUCGGAGUUGACCACGACAGCACAUGCGAAUGGUGUUCAAUUCCUCAGUAAUCUCCGUGUGAUGAUUGACUCCCUGCGGGACGCCGAGAGGCCCCUUGCUGAGGCCAAGGAGGAGGACUACCAAGUCUGUGGUGGCAGCACCCCUACCGGCUGGCUGCGGCACUACCGCGGGGAGACGAGUAGCGGUCUCGUUCCCAUACACAGCUGCGCGGAAGUAGUCGAUGAGUGGCGGAUGAAGGCUAGUGUGGUGGUGCGCAAUAACAACUCUCGCUGUAUGGAGCUGUCGGACAGGAUACGGUGUAUGGAGAAUGCUCGAGUGGGCGUCGCGGAGCAGCUGAAUCACCAACUGAUGUACUCUAUUGAGUGGAUACAUACCCCUAUGGACGAUGAGAUCGACCUGCUCCGGCUCGCAUCGGUGCCGAAGGUCAUUCCUGAGGAUUUGAAACGGGAUAUCGAUACGUCAUUUGUGAAGGACGAGUACAAGCCCUUCGCAAGCACCCGUUUUAGUCAGGCCUCCGAGUUGCAGACAGCGUACAGGCGUUUGCUAGAGCCUCUUAUUGUCUUCGUGAGAACGGAGUCACUUUGGUUCACUGCGGUUGUAACUAAUAGGCUGCACAAAAAGCAACACACCUUUGAGCAGUUGUUGCUGCGUGCCAGCACCAGCGUGCUUCAAUGGUUUGAAAAAGCAUCGGAUGCGCUAGUGGGUACCAUAAAGGGUGUUGUGGGCUACCUACGUGAGUUUUACCAGAAGUGCUAUGAGACACGUAUGUGGUAUAACGAAGAACUGGUGAAGAUGGAGCAGCAACUCACUGUGCUUCAAGAUCGGCUCGCAAAGUCAGAAUCUAAGGAGGAGGCUGAAAAACUCUUUAGCCAAGGUCUGAAUUGUCUUGAACAGAUAGCUCAACGCCACAUUCGGUUUCAUAAUGAAAUGAUUCUACACCUGGACCAGGCAGUGGAUUCCGUUGGGGGAAAUACGGAUCGGUACUGCGGCAUGAUGCUUGAUAAGAUUUGCGUUGAGUCGGUGGAGGACACGGAGGCCCGAGUCUUACGGGAGCAUCAAUCCAAGGUUGAGUCUAUUAUGGCCAUGCUGGCGCUCCAGGAACAGCAGCAGAAAGGGAAGCGUGGAAACAGAAAAGGAGCCGAGGAAAUUGCCAAUUAUUUAACCCUGGAACCCAUGACUGAGGACGCGGUACCAAUGGAUGUGGUUACCUACCCUCAAUUAACUGCGCAGUCAGGGGUAGUAUAUAACAUCAUUGCACCUAUGCAGCUCAUCCGGGAGCAGGAUCAUGAAGACAGCAUCCCUUUCAACUUUCCUUUGAUGUCUGAACCUACGGCGGUGCCUACCGAGUUUGUUUCUUGUUACGAUGCUCUUUUUGCAGGAUCGGCUGAAAGUAGUGUGGAUAGUUUUAUUUCCAAAGAAAAUGACAUCACGGUGUGGAAAGAGGCCCUGCGGCAGGGGCUGCUCGACUGGACGCUGGCGCUUCGCGCAUACACGAUGCAGAAUAUUAAGGCCUUCUGCCAGCGCGCGCGAGCGGAUCAGUCCAUCGAAACGAGUGAGUUACUACGUUGCCACCGCCGCCGACCUGCGACUCUGCAGGUGCAGGUCUAUGAGUCUCGUGUUCGUCAGCUCGAGGACAAUGCCCAUGUAGCCAUUAAGUAUGGUGUACGCUUGCGAGAGCGCGUCGCAUCGGUGCUGUGCGUGUUCGAAGAGUUCGAUAAAAAUGAGGUAUGGGCUGCUGAGGACAAGCAAGUGCUGGCGCAGCUCCAAGAAAUGGAGGCACAGGCUCUAAAAGCGCCCAACGCUUCUGCGUUACAGAGUCGUGAGCGUCAGUAUAAAGCUGUGUGCAUGCAAUACGUCAAUUGCGUGGACCACCGUACCGAGGUACUUCUAGACCGUGUAAAGAGCACCAUAUCAUCUUUAACGCUUGAGCUACACCAACUCCAGACAUCUCACUCGCCACACCUAAACGAUGGUGGCAAGGCCGCCAUGGAGCGAAUUCAUGCCGUUUUAAAAGAGCUCGACGAAACUAAGGACAAUGUGUGUCGUCAUGGCGAGAUGCAACGUGAGCGACGUCUUAACACAAUUCAGACAUUGCAAGCCAGAUACGAUGCUACUCACGCGCGCACCACCGCCGAGCUACAGCUGAUCGCUUGCCUCCAGGAAGUUGCUUCCCGCUUUAGGGUGCAGGUACAAUCCUUUAUAAAUGCCUCCAAGGCGUCCGAGGACGCGUUAAACCGUGCCAUUGAUUUUCUAGAUACGAGCCGUCAGCGCAUGCCGCUGAGGCCCGACUUCGUGGCCAACAUUCUAGCGAGCACCCACCUUGACGUGCUGAUAGCGGCUGAGGUAGGUACCUCUGAUCGACACAAAAACGAGGGAAAUGCGGAGUCGCCGCUGCCCACCACGGAGGUUCUCACCACACAAUUCGAACAUGAUCUGCAGGCUCUUAAGCUGAAAACCCAGCAAACUGUGAGGACGUGCACGGCAAACGAGGUACUCUCUACUCUCGACCAAUUAAGAGAUCGCCUCUACGUCCGUGGGAUUGUGCUACAAGCACUUCACUACAGCAUCGAGAUGCUUAUGGUCGAUCCGGAGCACUACAUCGCCCCAAGAAUCCCCCGUAGCGGCGGGUCGGACGGCCAAUCAGGGUAUAACAUUUCCUCGGGGGCUUCGGAGCGGCCUAGUAGCGGCCACGUCGGGGGGGCGCGUCGGGGUGGAAAGGGGGCAAAAUCCCAGGGCGCGGCGCAUUUCUCCGCCCCGGUGCCAGAGCAACAGCUGCUCCCCGCGUCCACCUCAGCCCUCGCGCAGCUCGGGACGUGGGCGAUGGGGUUUCGCACCGCCGCGAUGGAGGUGGCGCGGGCGCACUUUGCGGCCUACCCUAUGCCCCUGGAGCACCCCUUACCCCAUAUGCUGGCGGAAGCCAUCACGGCUGGCCUUAAGGAGAGGAUCAUGGGGGUGGGUCCGGAGCCAGGCUCGCUGGAUGAGGUUGAGAUGGCCAUCAACUUUCUCUGUCGUACCCAAGAAGCCCAGGUCCGGGAGCAUUUGAGGGAGGCUCUAAGAAUCUACCGCCAGCAACUACAGCUAGCCUAUAAUAUAGUACAGGCUCUGCCCCAGUGGUUGAGUGCGUCCGUGUACUUCAUUUCAGCGACCGCAGUGAGCCUCCACGUGCAAAGUGUACUUCAGCGUUUUGAGGCCUUUCACCGUCUUUCAACUGCUCUUCGCAUAGCGAAUGACCGAAAGAUGAAAGUGUCGCUCAGUUCGCAAUCUAAAAGAGAUGUUUUGCAACGGCUAAUCGCAUCAGAGUCCGCUCGUCAGGCCUUAGCUGCGGAGGUAACAGCACGAUUUUGGGUCUUUGCGUUGCAUGGACUCCAAGAAGAGGCCAGGGAGCAUGCUGCGCGCUGCCACACGAGCAGCAAUAGCCUCAUGUCCUUGCUUAGAGGUCUUGUGGGUCCAGCUCAUCUCGUAGCCUUGGGAGAGGGUGAAGUAGUGGAGGGACACCACCGAGGCCUCAGGUACCUGAAGCAGCUCAAGUCAAAGAAUACUCAAGCGAUGUUACAAAAUGAAUUGCCAAGUAGCAGUGUUGCUUUCAAUCGCGAUACUCGUCUGCAGGAUGCCUCAGGACCUGGAAAGCAAGAAUUCACGAGCAGUCGAAGGGUCAUCAGCGUUGGCAACAAGGAGCGUGGCCAUAAUUCUAACCUGGAUAACACCUAUGGCGGCAGCAAGACCUUGACACCUAUAACUUAUCCAAUGGUGGAGCUCUUGGGUCUUCCUACUGCUCAGGUGAGGCCACUGGAGGCGUUUUAUGCGGAACAUCCAGAGUGGGCUGUAGCCCUGCCGAUGUCUGGUCCCGCGUUUUCGCAUCCAGCGCCUGUCGAGGAUGUCGGUGCGGCUCCUGCUGGUGGUGGAGGGUCCCGCACUACAGGAGCCGUAAAAAAGGUGAUCCAACCCGAGCAGGUGGCGACCGCCCCUCCAUCAAUUCCACGAACUUCAGCAUUUAUCGUGCCCGACACGAGACUAUUCCAAGAAACUGUCACACUUGCCCACAAAUCGGUCGAGGAGUUCAACACGGCUGUGCAGGAAAUCGUUCAGCAUCUGAAUAAGGCUUUCCAUGGAUGGCUACAACGGGAGGCGCACUACAAACAAAAUUGGGACCUUUCUGUCAAAUCUCUAUAUCACGUCAGCGCACGAAAAUGUAGCUUAGGCUCGACCAAUGGUCUAAGUCUACUUGAGAAUGAUAACCCUGAGUAG